AUGGCAAGCACAGAGAUUGUACCGGCGAUGCCGCCGCCAGCAGGAAUGACCUCCAACUUUAUUGACCCGGUGUCCUGUGGAGCGAAAUUCCUGAUAGUCAACUGUGUCUUUGUCCCACUGGCGGCGAUCGCUUUGCUGGUACGGACCUGGACCCGAUUGUUCGUCGUGCGCUCUUUUCAAAUGGAUGAUUAUCUCAUGAUUAUGGCCUUGGUAGGCCCAAGCUUCUCGCACGCGGCGGUUCGCGACUUUCGUCUAACGCGCUCUCGACAGGCUCUAUCUGCGGUUCUGACCGGAGUUACCCUGACUAUGCUGAACUACGGCUUGGGAAAUCACAUGUGGGAUACGCCUUUGUCGAACUUUUCUCCUCAUUUCCUGAAGUUGAACGUGAUUGCUGCGAUCAUCUAUUGCGCGGCUACCGGGUUUACCAAAGUCUCCGUCCUCGUCUUCUACCUUCGAAUCUUUCCCACGCGCGGUUUUCAUUUGGCAGUAUGGACAAUUGCUUUUAUAGCUGUUGGGUAUAAUGUGGCCAGUGUGUUAGCCAACAUCUUCAGCUGUAGUCCGAUCGCCAAGUCGUGGGAUGUGUCGAUUACUGGAGGCUCUUGCAUGAACCGACCUGUCUUCUACUUUGCGAACGCCGGGCUGGGCAUCUUUACCGACUUUGCGACGGUGUUGGUUCCUAUACCCUGGUUGCGGCGAUUGCAGAUGCCCGCGAGACAGAAGGUUGCGGUGGGUUUGAUCUUGGGAAUGGGAUGUUUCGUCGGGAUCGUCAGCUGUAUCCGACUGGCGUCUCUUUACACUCUGUUGAAGAGUACCGAUCUCACAUGGGCCACGACCAACGCUCUGAUGUGGUGCACGAUCGAGUUGAAUCUGGGGAUCCUGGGAGGGUGCAUUACGGCCAUGCGACCUUUCGUCCGUCGAUACUUUCCCCGUCUGCUCGGCCUGUCGUCGUCGAGUGGUCGAAACAAUUACAACCACGGCAGCUCACGCAAGCACGGCCAUCCGCUGGCCUCGAUCCCUCGCAGCGACAAUCCCAAGUUCACCAAUGAGCCGAGCACCCAGUACCUGGCCACGCUCAAGGGGGGAGCGGAUAAUUCCAGCGAGGAGCAUAUCUUGUCCGAAUCACCGCUGGACGGUGGGAUUAUUCGGACGGUCGAGUUCAACGUAGAUAAUUCCAGUACACGAAAGGCGUAA